AUGCGCAGGCGGGUUCAGCAGCUUGGCAUUGCGUACAAGUUCGUGCGUCAGCCUACGGAUCAAUGGGAGGAGGCGUUGCUUCCACCUUCGAGUGCGAGCUUGCUGCUGCAUAUCCGGAUCGGCUACGUCUUCCUUGCGUUCAGUCUCCCAGCGAUUCUAGGCGCCCUCCUCUGCCCUUCUCUGCGACGCGAGGCCCCAGGUGGUAAGGCGCUCAACAGAGACGCUGCCCCUUCCGUCAUGCCGCAGGUGGAGCUGUCGUCGGCUGUGCCUCUCGUCCUCGAGCAGGCAGAGGGCCGGUAUGACUCACGGCUGAUGGCAUAG